AACAUCGAAUGAAGAUGACAGGCGGUGGCUGGCUGUAGUAGACUUAAGAGGGAAAGGGAGAGACGGACCAGGGGCUUCGAGGAUUGCAGGGUGGGAACGAAAGCAGCAGCUUAUCGGAAAGAUCUUCCUUUUACAGUCUCCGAUCUGUUGCUUUUGGAGGCUGUCGUGAUGAAUUAUUGGCGCCGAGUUGAUAAUUUGGAAAUUUGUGGUCGAUAAAAUUUUGUUGGAUGAUUCUUCACUGAUCACCAGACGGUGUUCGGACAACUUUAGGCUCCCAAUCAAGCAUUCAGAUCUCUUGAGACUGCUUGAUGGAAUUGGCUAGCAUCAAAGAGACUUGAAAGAUCUUAAAAUUUGAAUUUCUCAAUGGAAAACGCUUCCUUCCUAUAAAUAAUUCGCCAUAAGAGUGGUGCCCUUUAUACUUCUUUAAACAUCGGCCAAGAAUGGGAACAAGCGGUGCUGCCAAAAUGCCUAUGUGCAAUAGUGAUGUUACUGAAGAGUCCGAGACAACUGUCGAGAUAAAAAUUAAAACUUUGGAUUCACAGACGUAUACUUUACGAGUUAAUAAAUGUGUUCCAGUCCCAGCUCUCAAAGAACAGAUAGCUACCGUAACUGGAGUGCUAUCCGAACAACAACGCCUAAUAUGCCGUGGAAAGGUUUUGAAAGAUGAUCAGCUUCUUUCUGCUUACCAUGUUGAAGAUGGUCAUACAUUGCAUCUUGUUGUCAGGCAGCCUUAUCAAUCCGCAACAUUUAUUGGUACAGAGGGUCAAUCCGCUAAUAAUGCUCCAGAUAGCAUGCCAAAUCAUCCCAAUCAAGUUUCUCGUACUGUUGUUCUUGAAGCUGUCAACAUAGAUCAAGCUGAUCUUGAUCCUACAUUACUUAAUCGGAUUAUGACUAAUAUCCUGAAUUCUUUUGGGGCAACUAACGGAAGUGGUAAUGUAAGCACUAAUAUUCAGGAAGCAAAUUCAGGAAGGCUUCCUAGAUCAUUUGGUCAUACUGGAGUUUCAAGCAGUCAGAAUCAACCACAUAUUACUACUCAAACCAGUCAAAAUCUUCCAAAUAUUUCUUCUCAAAGAAUUGCGUCUGACAGGCAACCGGCUGCUUUCCAAUUCCCCACUGCUAUUUCCUCGGGGUCCCAGAACUUGCCAGCAAUUCCUCAUUCCUUAACUACUCUACAACAGUAUUUGAUCCAUUUGAAGAAUGUGUUCUGGAGAGACAUACCUGGUUCUAAUGAUGGUGAUCAUAACAGCAGCGGAGAAGCUUCUACGGUGCAUCAUAAUGAGGGUGGAGACAAUAUCUCUUUAUCUCAUCAUCCUUCUAGGAGAGGUGAUAUACCAACUCCUGCAGCUCUGGCAGAAAUUUUGCAUUCAACCAGACAACUGCUAGCUGAGCAUGUUGAAGAGCGUCUGCUUGGACUAGCUAGAACACUGGAGAAUGAUACUAAUUUAACGGAUUAUGAAGUGCGGUCAAAUGUUCAAUCUAGUGCAUUCAGAACUGGAUUUUUUCUGCAGAACUUGGGCUCAUUGUUUCUUGAGCUCGGUCGCACAACCAUGACUCUGCGCAUGGGACAAAUACCUGCUGAAGCUGUUGUUAAUGCUGGACCUGCUGUUUUUAUAUCUGCAUCUGGGCCAAACCCUGUCAUGGUGCAGCCUGUUCCUUUCUAUCCAGCGCCAAGUUUUGGAGGGAUGGACAUGGGAUCUACAAAUUCGGUUCAUGGUCCUGAGGGUGAAAGAGUUGGUUCUGCAACUUUUCCAAGAAAUAUUGAUAUUCGAAUCCAUGCAGUUCCUAUUCCAGCUUCUAGCCAAAGUGGACUGGGGGGUGGUGCACAGCAACAACAAGAAAAUUUGGAUUCAACAAGGGCUUCUGCAAAUGGUGAUUCUGUUCAUCAACCAGUUCAAGCUCACCCACGCAGUGGAACUUUGACUGGAGAAUUUGGAUUGAGAGUAGUGCCUGUAAGAACAGUGGUAGCAAUGCCGGCGGGAAUCAGCAAUUCACAAUCCAAUUUGUCUGACAAUUUGGCUCCAUUGCUUCAUCCUUUGAUAUCUAGAAUCCGACAACGAAACAGUGGCAGUGUGAAUGAUGCAUUAAGUCCUCAAGCAUUUCCUUUCCAUCAGGGUGGCAUUGAAGCCAAUCAAGAGUCUAUUCCUGAUUCCUUGAGACAAAUUUUUGAAUCUUAUAUUGGUGGUUCUGUCCAGGAGGCUCAGGUUCCAUCCUACACUGUGCCAGUGGUUUCCGAAUCAAAUAUGUCACCAGUAGCACAAAUUGACCAUCAAGGAACCCAUGUUUAUAUUACCAGCCAACAAAUGCCAAAUAAUUAUGGUGAGAGGAACUCUCAUGUAAAUGAUGUAGAGAGUGCUGGCCAAGGGUCUUUGCCCCAAUAUCUGAACAUAUUUAACCAGCCGUCCAGUACUGUAGUUCUUGGAGAGCAAGUAAAUACUGGAGGUGUUGAUCAGCAGGGGUCCGCUCCUGAUUCUCAUACAGAGCAAGCAAUUACUGAGUUAGGUGUUGAAUCAAAUGAGGCGUCAGUAUCUGUUAAUGAUCAGGGGGUGUUAUUCUCUAGUUACCUUCGCCACCUAAUGCCAUUAUUAAUACAAGAACCCCCUAUUUCACAAGAUGUUUCGAAUGUUGAUUCAAAUUCAUUAACCUUAGAUACUCAGAGGGCGGAUUUGAAUGAUCCAAGCAGUUCCCAACAUCAGAGAGAUCCACCUGAACCACCAAGUCCAAAGCGCCAUAAGGAAGGAGAGAAUGAGUGUUCGCAGGCUUUUCUGGUUCUCUUCCUUUAUGAUUAUGGCAUCAAGGGAGGGCUAUCUGUUUGUACGGGAAGUUAAUGAAGCAGCAAGUUUUGUUGUGAUGCCGAAGUUAUUCCUUGCAUAUUCUUUUUCUUUUGUAAUAUGUCAAUAUUUCCAAUGCCUAGUGGGCUUCUUCCCUACAGUUUUCUUUUUUUCUUUUCAAUUGUUAUUCUUCUAUUUUAUUAGACAUGCUUAAUUUAAAAUGUUUCAUACCAAAACAAAGAACCCAUUGUGAAACUAAACAUGGCAAGGAACUACUUCAUAUUGUCUUGGAAUAUGAAUUCAAAUGGAUUACUGAUAUAAUUCUAUGAUCCUCAGCCUCUAAA